UGCGAUUGGUCGUCACGCUUGCCUGUCGGAGAUAUGCGAGCGGUGAAUUUAGCGAGGACUAGUGCGAUUGGUUCUCACGCCUGCCGGUUCGAGAGGAAUGGGCUGGGGAUUUGAGGAGGGCCUAGUGCUAUUGGUCUUGACACUUGCCCGUCAACGUAAUGUGGGCGGGGAAUUAAGGAAGCUUGGUGCGAUUGGUUCCGACGCCUGCCUGUCAAGGGAUGUGCGUGGUGAAUUUAAAGCCACCCUCGUGCGAUUGGUCCUUAGGCCUGUCUGUCAGAAAGGUGCACGUGGUGUAGCCAGGGCGCCCUCGUGCGAUUGGACCCAGAGACUGUCCAUCAGAGCGAUGUGGGCGGUGGGUAUUGUUGAUUGGCUCGCUGCAUUGGGGGAGCCGCCAGCUGCCAUCAUGGGCACCGAGUCUGGUUUGAGGCCGCUGUGUGAGAGCCUGGACCGGCUGUUGCUGCGCUACCUCCGGGAUGUGGAGAGUCUGAUGGAGCGGCGGGGGCGACUGGAGAAGCGGAUGGAGCAGGGCUGGUUCUUGCUCUCCAAAGCUCGCUACUCCAUGGGAAACAAAUGUGUUUCGUCAUUGCAGUAUGGACCGCAGAUGGAGCCUUUGGCUCAAGUCGACGUGAGCUUGAACUUUGGCCUGUUGUUCUGUGCAGUGAGGAGGAGAAAAACCAGGUGGAAAGAACAGGAGGAGCAGAAGCUACGGUCAGAUGAGCUGGUCGGUGACUUGCUGGCUUUCAAAGAAAAGCCUGGUGAGGAAGAUAAGCCUGUGGGACAAGGAGGUGGACGUCAGCCCAGUCGGGACCCGCUUCGCUGGUUUGGGGUCCUUGUGCCGCAGAGUUUACGAGAUGCUCAGGCAUCUUUCAAAGAAGUUAUGGAGCUGGCAGCUGAGGUGGCGACUCUGCAGAGCAGCCUUGUGAGCACCAAGGCAGAAUACCAGGCUUUACUGCAGCAGAAACAUAAGCUUAUCGGACGCCAGAGUGUGUGAGAGGUACUUCCUUCUGCCAACCCCAGGCCAGUCUGAAGCCCAACAGAAUGUCCUCCCCUUCACCCCUCCUCAGCCCCAGACCUGGUGAAAUGAUGCCCAUUCCAAUCAACACUCCUGUGGACUUGGUGUUUUAGACUUUGUUAAAAUCUCCAUUUUCCAGAUUCCACUGUGAACCUGUGGUUGGGAUGGUUCUGUAACUACACUGCAAAAUGGGAGAGGAAUGAGGAUUGUGAAAUUGUUAUGCCUGUUUGCUUUGAUCAUUUGAGUUUGCAUUCGACAUCUGAAAGGUUUCCAGUCGUUGAUUGAGAAAAUAAAUCUAGAUUGGUUUUA